GAUCGACAUCCCUCGCCUCUCCUCUACUCCCUCCAUGGAUUCCAAUUCUCACCACCACCACCACCACAGCAACAACAACAACAGCAUGCAGCAGCAUGGUCAGCAACAGGAGGAGGGAAGUGGCGGGAAUGGCAAGGCUGGUGGCGGGUUCCUCUGCAGGCAGUCGAGCACGCGCUGGAUCCCUACCAGCGACCAGAUCCGCAUCCUUCGGGAUCUCUACUACAACAGCGGCCUCCGCUCGCCCAACGCCGACCAGAUCCAGCGCAUCUCCGCUCGCCUCCGGCAGUACGGGAAGAUCGAGGGCAAGAACGUCUUCUACUGGUUCCAGAACCAUAAGGCGCGCGAGCGACAGAAGAAGAGGCUCACCAUGGACUUAGCCGCCACCGCCGCCGCCGCCUCCUCUAACGACGCCUGCACCAAGACUAGUAUGGCGUUUUUUUCAAUCGUUUCGUUUUGCUGAUCGUUGUUAAUUGCUGUUGGAUGGUGCAGGCUUUCCUACUAACAGGAUGUGCUGCAUCGCCGGGCAGAGUGCGGACGACGGCGGUUUCGAUGCUGCCCUGUUCGCCGAGCCCAACUUCAAAGAUCACUGCGUGCCGGGAAGAGUACCGGCGGGGAGCGCAAGUCCGCCCCCGCCUCCGACGACGACGACGUGGAUGCAUCACUGGCACGCUAACGCUGAGAUGUCGGCGCGCGACAUCGAGACCCUGCAG